AUGAAGACCGUUGCUGGUAUCGCCAUCGCGGCCCUUGUGGCCAGCGCUCAAGCCACUGGCUGGGAAGACAAGCCUGUUGACCCAAUCAAGAGCAGCAGCACCACCACCACCACGGCUGCCUCGACUUGGAUCGACUACGACCCAUCGAAGAGCACCACCACCACCACCACCACCAAGCCCGUCGAGGAGACCGAGACCCCCACCUACUGGGGUGACGCUCCAGUGGACCCGACCAGCGAGUCGACCACCACCACUGCUGCUUCCACAUGGAUCGACUACGACCCAUCCAAGACCAGCACCACCACCAAGCCAGUCAAGGAGAUCACCAGCACCACCACUAAGUGGGAGGACUACACUGUGUCGACUUCCAGCAGCAAGCCCGUGAAGCCGACCACCACUUCCACCAAGCCCGUUGUGGACACCACCACCACCAGCGCCGCGACUUGGGCUGACCCGACCGCUACUUGGGUUGAUGCCGCUGUCGGCUCUUGCAAGGUCGUCACCGUGACCAAGACCGGCAGCUGGAUCUGGGUCCCUGCCCCAGCUGACCCGACCACCUGGGUUGAGGUCCCUGCGCCGAGCAGCACGACCACCACGACCACCAAGCCCGUGGCGCCAACCACCUCCGCCUCAGCUUCCUCCACCUGGAUCGACUACCCCGUCGACCCCACCACCAAGUCCACCACCACCACCGUCGCCACCUCCACCUGGGGCGAUGUUUCCACCAUCGCGCCCAGCACGAUGCCCACCCCAACCUGGACCAAGCCAGCCACCACGCUCUCGACCUCAACCAAGACCAGCACCACAACCACCACUACUUCCGCGGUCCCCAAGCCCACCGGCGCCACGUGCCCCAACGACAACGGCAAGACCCUCGCCGCCGAAGGCUCCUGCGGCGGCUCCUUCCAGGUCAACUGCGGCGUCAAGGCCAGCCCGGGCCCCAACAGCAAGUUCUGGCAGCGCGCCAACGGCGAGAAGAUUGCCACUCUGGCCCAGUGCAUUGCCAUCUGCAAUGACAACUCUGCCUGCGAAGCCGUCCUCUACGUCAACGGCCAGCCCGGCUCCGGCGACAACGAGCUCUGCUGGCAGACUUCCGGCCUGGGACCGGUCACCGGCACCAACUAUGCGCAGAUCGCGUACAAGACUGGUGCCAAGGGCGGGUGCAAGGCUAGCUACAAUGCUACCCCUUAA